AUGUCUGACCCGCUUUUCUUUGCUCCAGUCUGGGCAAUUGACCCUCAUCUGGUAGUUUACCUUCUGUUCUCCGCACCCCUGCAGUACGAUCCACAAUGGGUGAAUGCGCUUGUGCGCCAAUCACGCACUCCCUUACGUCGACCAGGAGGGGCUUCAAACGCCUCCGUUGGUGCCCGCAGUGAGGCCGACUACGCGGCCCUGCGCAGCCGACACGCCGGUCUGCUCGGACUGUGUGCUUUCAUCCGUGCUUCCGUGCAUGACACACCCUCAUACCUGCCCGCCAUCAUUGCUGAAGUCGCAGAGCACGCCAACGAUCCCCAGCCCAUUCGCCAGUCUGUCUCCGACACUCUGAUGGCCUAUUCACGCAGUCACCAGGAGCGUUGGCGUGAAGAUCGGCUACUCUUCAGCGAGGCC